UCUGAUGGGACACCCACCCUAGCGCUCAAAAACAGAGCUUCAUUUUUAGUGUUGUCGGAGAAGAGCCAUGUCCGCCGUGUCUUUGAUAGAACGACAGCAGGUAAAAUGGGAUAAACUCACGUCUUUAUUACCCAAACCAACCGAAGCUCUUCCACGCCUUAAUAAUCUCUUGAAACUCUGUGCUAACUUAAGUUAUCUGAAAACUGGAGAAUCCAUUCACGCUCAUCUGAUCGUCAAGGACCUAUUAUCUCGACCUGAGGACGCAUGGCAGAUCAACUCUCUGAUUAAUUUCUACGCUAAACGCGGGGAAGCUCAUCAUCGUGCACGCAAGCUGUUCGACUCAAUGCCUGAGAGAAACGUGGUUUCUUGGUGUACGUUGAUGAAAGGCUAUCAAGAUUCCGGGUCCGACUCCGAAGUUUUAAAGCUUUUCAAAAGCAUGCUUCUUUCCUUCAAAUCAAAACCUAAUGAGUUCGUAGCCACUGUAGUUAUUAAAUCUUGUUCAAGCUCUGGGAGAAUCAAAGAAGGUAAGCAGUGUCACGGAUGUUUUCUUAAACACGGUUUGACGUCACAUGAGUAUGUACGCAACACUCUUCUCUACAUGUAUUCUUCGUGUUCUGGAGCAAGAGAGGCUAUCAGAGUUUUGGAUGAUCUUCCGUAUUGUGAUCUUCUUGCUUUCAACUCCGCUCUCAGUGGAUACUUAGAGCAUGGUGGUGCUUUAGGAGAAGCCCUUGAGGUUUUGAGAAAAAUGGCUAUUGAAGAAGAUUUGGUGUGGGACGAAGUUACGUAUAUGUCUUCUUUAAAGCUUUGCUCUAGCUUCAGAGACUUAAACAUGGCUCGGCAGGUUCAUAGCCGAAUGGUACGGCUUGGAUUCCACUGCGGUGAUGUUAAUGUAAGUGGUGCACUCAUUAACAUGUAUGGCAAAUGUGGUAAACCCUUAUACGCUCAGAGAGUUUACGACGGUAGUACGACGCACGCUCAAAACAUUGUCUUGAACACGUCCAUCAUGGACGCUUACUUCCAGAACAAGUCUUACGAGGAGGCUCUGAAUCUGUUUGCAAAGAUGGAAAACAGAGAUGAGGUCCCACCUAACGAGUUCACCUUUGCUGUUUUGUUGAACUCAGUCGCAGAGCUGUGUCUUCUGAAACACGGCGGCCUUCUACACGGCCUUGUCGUUAAAUCCGGUUUUAGGAGCCAUGUAAUGGUUGGCAACGCGUUGGUUAACAUGUACGCCAAGAGCGGCAGCAUCCAGGACGCGUGGAAAACAUUCUCAGGAAUGAAUUUUAGAGAUGUUAUUACUUGGAACGUAAUGAUAUGUGGAUUCUCACAUCAUGGACUAGGGAAAGAAGCGCUUGAGGUCUUUGAGGAGAUGAUGGUAGCGGGAGAGGUCCCUAACCGCAUAACUUUCAUCGGCGUCUUGCACGCUUGCAGCCAUAUGGGUUUCGUGGAGCAAGGCCGUUACUACUUUCACCAUUUGAUGAAACGGUUUAACGUUGAGCCUAAUUUGCAGCAUUACACAUGCGUCGUUGGGCUCUUGAGCAAGGCGGGAUUGUUUGAGGAGGUUGAGAGUUUCAUGAGAGAAGCUCCGGUCCAAUGGGAUGUUGUUGCAUGGAGUUCUUUGCUAAACGCUUGUUACGUUCGCCGGAACUACAGUUUAGGGAAAAAGGUUGCGGAGUACGCCAUCGAGAUGUAUCCGAACAACUCAGGGAUUUACAUAUUGUUAUCUAAUAUACACGCCAAGUCGAAAGAGUGGGACGGUGUGGCGAGAGUGCGUUCGUUGAUGAAGGAGAGGCGAGUCAAGAAGGAGCCUGGAGUGAGCUGGAUAUGUAUACGGAACCAAACGCAUACGUUUCUUUCGGAGGAUAACCAACACUCGGAGAUUGUGCUGAUUUACGCAAAGGUGAAGGAGGUUUUGUCGAAGAUUAGGCCGUUAGGGUAUUCUCCUGAUGUUGCUGGGGGUUACCAUGAUGUAGACGCAGAGCAGAGUGAGAGCAACCUCUCUUAUCACAGCGAGAAGCUAGCUGUGGCGUAUGGUCUGAUGAAAACGCCAGAGAACUCGCCACUGUACGUGACUAAGAACGUGAGGAUAUGUGAUGAUUGUCACUCUGCGAUCCAGCUUAUCUCGAGGCUCUCGAACCGGUUGAUAGUUGUCAGAGAUUCCAACCGGUUCCACCAUUUCCAAAAUGGUCAGUGUUCUUGCUGUGAUUACUGGUGAAGACUUAAAGUUGUUAGUCAUUAUUUUAUAGGUGUAAAUA